UUGAAUUUUCUGCUUAUUAUCUACAUUUUAUCCUAGAGAUUUUAUUCAGAAGAUGCAUCCUCUUAAGAUUAUCACGAUCCUUAAAAAAGAAAUAUAAUGGGAUAAUUAAUAGUAAAAUUUUAUAGGAGUUUACUUUAAGUUAUACCUGAAGGUUUAGCAAUUAUUAACCUAGAUAAAAAAUUACUGUAUGCUAAUCCUACUUUAAAAAAAAUUUUUUAAGUAAAUAAGAAAGAAGAUAUAUUAAAUGCCUUAAUGAACUUAGGAAAGAGUGAUGAGCAAGAAGGAAAAGAAAAAAUUUUUAAAAGCCCAAAGUUAUUAGAAUAAAAAACGAUAAAUAAAAGGAAGAAGAUGCAAACACUCAUCCCACAUCUAGACAAACAUUUUUUUUAAGCAUAAAAUGAAAUUAGAUAAACUAGCUAAAGCAAAUAGAUAGAAAUUUUAAAAAAUUCUACUUCUAGAUAAUAAUAAACACAGAGUACGUUUGCUAUAUUUGAAAGAGAUAUUAUUUGCGAGGAUUCAUAAAAGAAUUAGUGUUUUGCAAAUUAAGGAGAUGUGAAAUAACCUACAGGUUAAUAAAAUAUAAAAGUUUCCAUGUACAAUAACGAAAAUGAUAAUUCAGAUAAAGAUUAAUAAUAAAUACAAGAAAAAGCAUAAGAAAAUUUUAGUAUAGAAGAAGACAAAGAAUAAUGCGAAAUCAAUUAAGAAUUUUAAAGUAAGUCAUAAAAUCAAAAAAAUCGCUUAAGCUAUCAAAAAUCUAGAAAGUCUAUUAAAAAUCUAACGUCUAUUCCCAAGUUCAACCUAUAAGAUACACAUUUUGAUGCAAUAGGAAGCAAAGACAUUCAAAAGUAACAAUUCAAAGAUAUUGUGAAUUAAAAUAACAAUUCAGAUACAGAAUCAGAAGAAAGUGAAAUAUUAUCCAUAGAGGAUUUAGGGAUUGAUAUAGAUGAAGAUGAGCAUAUUCACAAAUUAUAAUUAUAGUUUAUUCAAGAUAGUUUAAAAUAAGUAAACUAUAAUUAAAAUAUUAUGAGUGACUCUAAUUUAAUCAAGUAUAACCAAAGCAAAGUAUUUGAUUAAAUAAAUAGUGAUUUAGGACUAAAAUAGCCGAAUAAUAAUUUUUCAUCUUAAAAGAGCUAAAAUAUAAAUAACCUAAAUGAUACUCAAAAUUUUAAUAUAUAGAUUGCAGAGACUCAAAAAAAUGGCUAGUAAAAUUAGUUUGACGAUACAUAUAAAAGCAAUAACAAUCAAUCAAAUAUGCAUGAAAGUUGUAAUAAAGAAAUGGUGACAUUAAAUUCUCCAAAAUAAGAAUAUUCAUUCUAUGACUCCAUGCUAUAAAAUUCAAAAUUUCGUUCAGGAAAGCCGUUUCUAAAUAAUAAAACAAAAGAAAAUAAAUAUAAUAAUUUAUAGAAUAGUAAAAAACUUAAACAGUAUAAUCCAGAUCAGCAUGAAUAAGAUGAUAAUUUUAAUAUUUAGAAAAAAGAAAAAUCAAUCUUAAGAGUUUUUAAAAAUGGCGAUUCUAAUAAGGAUAUUUAUCUUUAAUAAACAAAUGUAGAUUAAAUAACAGAUGAUCUUUUCAAACGAUACUUACAAAAAUAAAAUCCAAACAUAAAUUAUUCUGAUAAAAAUAAAAAUAUUUAGGUAAAUAAUAAAAAAAGUACUUCCUUCUUACAAAAGUUUAACUUUAAAAGUAUGAGAGAUGAUAUAAAAAAUUUGGUUAGUCAAAACAGAAACAAAUUUAAUAGAGUUAAUUCCUUUAUUUCUCAUUUAAAAAAAAUUAAUUAAUCUAAUGAAGAUAGCUAUAUUUAAGAAAAUAAUUUCAUUACUAAAUUAUGUAUAAAAAAGAAAAACAAAGAAUUUAUUUUACAGUUCAUUCUAAUAGACUUGGAUAUUGAUAAGUAAAAAAGCAACCCAUUAAUAUUAAUAUUAGUUCAAGAUGCUUGGAAAGAGUUAUAUCAGAAAAAGGUUGACGACCUUCAGAAGAAUAAGAUGAAAAUAUUUGGUAGUCUCUCACAUGAGCUGAGAACUCCUCUAAAUUGCUCGAUAUCAAUGCUUGAGGUUUUAAAGGAUCAACUUUCAUAAUAAAAUCCUUAAUAUAUUAAUGAAUAUAUUAAUCCUGCACUCUUCUCAAAUAAACUUCUUUUGAACUAAAUUAAUGAUAUACUUGAUUUUGUAUAGAUGGAUAGUGGCAAAUUUAAGUAUAGUUUCUUUGACUUUAAUAUAGAAAAUUUAUUGAAAGAUUGUACAAAACUUGUAAGCUUGUAAGCAUAAAUGAAAAACUUGGAAUUAUACACUAUAUAUGAUCCUAAUGUACCAGAGAUAAUAUGUUCUGACCCUAAUAGAAUCAGAUAAAUUAUUCUAAAUUUUCUUUCUAACUCUCUUAAAUUUACUUAAUCUGGAUACAUAGAAAUUGGGAUUAAGCUUGUAGAUGUUGGGAUUUAUAAUAUUUAUGUCAGAGAUACUGGAAUUGGUAUUACUGAAUCAAAUUUAGAAAAUCUUUUUGAUUUCUGUGGAAAAAUAAACUAUAACAAAAAAGAUGAAGUUCUAAAUAAUCAAGGUUGUGGUUUAGGACUCACUAUUUCCAAUUCUAUUGCUAAGGAUUUGAUUGACAGAAAUUAAUAUGAGGGAGGUAUCAAGGUUGAAUCCAAAUAUGGUGAAGGAUCUACCUUCAGUAUUUUAAUUUAAGAUAGGAGAGAAGUUUUAGCUAUCAAAAAACAAUCAAAAUAUUUUAAAAUGUCCUCUUAUAAUAAGAAUAUUGAGUAGCUGAUAUAAAUAACAAGCAAAUAAUAUGAUGAUAAAAGUUUGAACAGUGAUAAAGAUAAUAUAAAAAAUAACAUAUCUGAUGUUUAAAAAAAUAGAAGUUUAUCAAAUUAAUUUGGUCAGUCAAGUCUAGCUUAUAAUUUUAAUGGAAUAAACUAGAAUGAUUUUCAUUUUGAAAAUUUUAAAAAGCAGUAGAGUAAUUUCAAUUAUUUUACUUAAAAUAAACCAAGUAUUGAUAACCAUUUGAGUAAAAUUGAUUCUGCAACAAUAAUUGAAGAAGAAGAGGAAAGUAAAAAAAUAAAAUUCUAACCUCAAAUCAAAAUCAAUCAUUCUCCAUGGCUCAAAUAGGAUUCUAACCAUAUUUAAGCUAGAUUAUUUUAAUAAAAUAGUUUUCAGUAAAAAUAAGACAAUAAUAAAAAUAAUUAAAAUAGUUUGAAGGAAAACUCAUAAUUUAGUAAAUAAUCAUAAUUUUUUUCUCUUUUACAGAUUGAUGAUAUUGAAAAAGUCUAAUCAGAGAAUUCAUACAUCUAAAAUUAAAAGUAACUAGUAUCUUAAUCAAUGACACAUAUUUGCAAUAAGUAAACAUAAAAUACAUCUCGUAAGAAGAGUUUUUACAACUAAAACACAUAAAACUCAAACUAAAAAUCAUAAAAUAACAAGAUUAAUAUUAUUGACUUAGAAUAGAAAUCUCAAUUAGAGUAGGAAGGUUUUACUUCUUAUAUUAUACAAAAUAACAAAAAAACUGAGAAUUCUGCUUCUUUGACUUAUGUUCAGAACCCAUUAAGCCCUUUUGAAAAAUAAAGAUAAACUUUGUUUUCUAGGACAAACAAAUAACUAUCAUCAACUUCAAUUAUGCAAUAACCAUUAGAUAACUUUUAGUAAGAUGAGAAAAAAUUAAAUUAAAGUAUUAAUAUGCACCCUGAAGUUUAAUCAGGUGGGACAAUCGUAUAAUAAAUUGUAAAUAUUAAUUAAUAAACUCUAUGUACAUGCCCUUAGAUAAUUAUAGUUGAUGAUAAUCAAUUUAAUCUCUACGCUCUUUCAAAAAUAAUUAAAUAAUUUAAAUUUUAGUGUUUAACAAUUUCAAAUAGCUUGGAAACCAUGCAUAAAAUUAAGUAAAUGUUUAGCUAGAAGUGCUGUUUAAUGCCAAAAAUUAUUUUUAUGGAUAUUGAUAUGCCAAUAAAAGACGGCUAUCAAGUGGCAUCAGAAAUAAAUUAAUUUUAUAAAGAUGCUGGUAUAACUAAUUUACCUACAAUCAUAGCAUGCACUUCAUAUGUAGGCCAAGAAGAUAAAGAUAUGGCAUUUUAAUCUGGCAUGAAUGAUUUCAUUAAUAAACCUAUCUUAAAGAAUGCUUUCGUUUAAUUAUUAAUUAAUUGGUAACAUCUUUUCAUUUGA